AUGGCUCAUAUGGCCUUCGCCAUCUGGCCGACUCUGCUGUUUUUUGGGCUCAUCAGCGCCACAGGUAGCUUCGUCGAGGACCAGUCGGGACUCGCGGGAGGCAGCGCCGUUGUUGAGUCGAGCCUCCAGUCCGUCUCGUUCGACCGCGCCGGAAAACAGCACUCUGGUGGCUCUGUGUUGCAAGGCAAUCCGUCGGAUGCUGGCGCUCUCUCCAGCAAUGGAUUAUCGUCGCGCGCUCGUGCUUCCUCUGUGGCGCGCGACCCUCACACAGGGAGCAGCCUUCUGCUAUUGACGCAAGAGCCGAACGGGCUCUCCGCGCCGACGGUUGAUAACGCGGAGGCGCGAAGCUCGCCCGCUACGAUAUUGGCUCUGUCUCCUGCUGCUUUCCUUGAGAAGUCUCUCUUCCAAAAAAAAGACGAAAGCGCCGCAGGCGAAGAGAAGGCGAAGGACAGAGAAACACAAGGACACAAUGACGACGACGAUAUGGACGGACACAUUGACGACGACGAUAUGGACGGACACAUUGACGACGACGAUAUGGACGGACACAUUGACGACGACGAUAUGGACGGACACAUUGACGACGACGAUAUGGACGGACACAUUGACGACGACGAUAUGGACGGUGAGGCGCAUUGA